GACCCCCGAUUCAACCAAGAGGUGGACAAAAAGACCGGAUACCGCACCCACAGCAUCUUGUCGAUGCCCAUACUCAACUACGAGGGAGAGGUCAUCGGAGUGGCGCAGAUCAUCAACAAGAUUACCGGCAACCACGAGUUUACCAAACAAGAUGAAGAU